AUGGUGCGGAAACACAAGGGCACCCUGGCCGUCAUUGAGCAGAUCUAUCAGGACAUACCCGCUUUCACCGAUAUCUUUACGGAGGAGAGCUUCUACACGUUCGCCUUCUGUUUUGUCUGUGCCACCGUUCUGGUGGCAUUUAUACUAUCGCGCUUUAUCACCAUCAAGCCUGUAGAUUUCUGAACCAGCAUUAAAAACUUAAGCUUUAACAUGUAAAA